AUGAGAGUAAGAAAACUUAGAGAAUGGAUACCUGUUUUUUUGUUGUCAGGAAUGAACAUUGAUUGGAUUGGAGUCAAACAUCUCACCAACAUCCUUGGUGUUCCAGAGGGAAGGGCUUUCCUGGUACCAUCUGCCAAAUUGCUGGUACUUCAGAUGCUAACUAUCAAACAAUUAGGUUGCCCAAGUGUUUCUCCCCAAUGCAUAAUCUCUGGGCAACAAGGACUUGGUGUUGGAGUUGGGGCGCAAGAAGGUGAAGUAGUUUGUCUUCAUGUCCUGCACUAUGAUCAAGAGGUUUUUGAUGCAAAAAAAUCCUGGGCCAACAUCAAAGCCUCUGGCCAACCGCCAGCUCCUCUUUUGGCUCAAUUUCUAGCAUCUGCUCAAGACAAUCGCAUGGAGAGGUGUGGAUCUGGUAAUGGUAAUGCAUUGGGGAGGUCUGGCUCUGGUCAUAUGGAUACAGAGGAGGAUGGCAAGGAGGAGGAAUAA